GGAAUAUUUAGUGUGGGAGUGGGUCAUCCCUUACACUCUUUUGAAAUUUAGUUUUCUACUAGCAACCUGCUAUCUGUUAAUGCUAACUUAAUGCUAAUAUUAGCCAUCUUGGUCAACUAAGUUGGCUGUUGAUAGAUUAGCGAAGAUAAGUGACAGGUAACUGAACUGACGAGCAUAAAGACCAGCAUGUCGGGAAACAUGCAUGUGACAAGACCCAAAUCCUCUAAAGGACGUACGAGAUCAGGGUCUCAUGUGCAGAACGUGGAUGAAUCUGUCUGUCAGAACUGCGCGUUUUCCCCGCACCCUCCUCCGUCCGACAGGCUCAACACGACAGCUCGUUCCCGACCCGUCCUCCAUCGGAACAGCAAGCCGAGCACAGACAUACUGACGGAAAUCUUUCAGAGCCCUCCAGAUAUUCCUCCAGAUGUUCCAGCACUCUCCCUCAACAAAUACAAAGUACUCCCCUCCAUCGAGAAAAGGCCAGCAGGAAAUCUGUCCGCCAGAGAUACGGAGGACGAAACCCCAAAGCCAAGUCUAUCUGACAGUAACCUUCGGCUCUGGCGAGAGCAGCUCAUCUCCUCCCGUCUCUGUCCUCAGACCGCAAACGCAGGCUACCCGGAGAUGGAUGGACCCGAGGUGCUGUGCGGUCCUGUGGCAGCUAACCCUCUGUGGGUGAUUCCUGGGCACGCAGGGGCUGAGGGGGGUGUAGCGGGCAAACGUGACACGGAUCUGCUGCUGGCUGUUCGAAUUCCGUGCGGUCAAAGGUUUAAAUGUCUUUUCCAUCCUACGGACAUGCUUUAUGCUGUCGUAGCUGCAGCGGAAGCCAAAUCCGGACUGCAUUAUGAGCACGCUGUAAUCGAGACCAUGGAAGUCCCUCGGCGGACCUUUAAGGAUCUAACCAUGACUCUGUCUCAGUGUGGCAUCUUCAGUAAGUCGGUUUUAUGCAUAAGCCUCGAAGACAGUACUACGAACAAUUGGUAAAACCCCCAUAGAUGUCUUUAAAAUGAUCAGUUUUAACCAAUUAUUUAAUAAUAAUUAGAGCAACAAUGUGAACAAGUAAACAUGAUUUGUAAUCAUUCUUUCAGUAGACUUUUACUAUAUAUUAGAUCAAUCAGUGGAGCCGCCAGUUAACAUUCAUCUUUAGCUCAGGACCUGUUUAAGGAUAUAGUUUAAAGGAGCAAUAUGUCAUUUUUACACCAAAAAGAAAGCGUUAUUUAUGAAAGUGAUUUUUCCCCCUGAAGUGCAGCUCACAAGAUGUAGAAUCAGAUUGCUUUACAAAUCCUCAAAUGAACCAGUUUAUGCUCCAUAGAGCAGGACCCCCACAUGGAAGCAGCCAUGUUUAAAGUAGGUUUAGUAUCAAGCUACUACAACUGACACAAUCGCUGUUUCAUAAUGUUAAGAAUCAUUGGAAAAAUGACUUAUGGCUUCUUUAAUGCAGCAUGUUUGUUACAAAAGAUUAGAAUGCAAGGUUUUUUGUCCUGUAGCCAAGUGGUCAGUGGCUGAUCAUACUAUUCCCUUACUGUCCUCCCAACAAUAGAAGAUGGAUAAUGUUUAAUACCUUUUUUUUAAACAUAUGACAGAUAUAUUGAAUACAUGAGUAUAUUAGCAACUCAUUAAAAUUUCUUGUGCCAGAGUAUGAGUGAUGACAUUUUAAAAUAAAUCUGAG